UUAAUAUCCAAACUUUUCUCUCUUUUCCUUCCUCCUCCUCCUCCUCUCUCUCUCUCUCUCUCUCUCUCUCUCUCUCUCUGUUUCUGUUACAUUCUCUCUCUACUUUUCCUGCUUAUUUUACAGGGGUUUAUCUUUCUACUUUUCAUUUUUCUGGAGGUUCUGAAUCCGACCUCUGCAUUUUGAAGCAAUUGAAUUUUCCAGCUUUGGAUUCAGGUAGAAACUAGCUUGACUUUGUCAGUGUUGGAGGUUAUACAUCACUCUGUUCUCGGGCAAACUCGUGCAAAUAAUGUUCAGCCUCCUGCUAUAAAUGCAGUGUCGCUUUGGAGAUGAGAUUACAGGAAGUCUUUGCUUGAUGGACUGCUUACCCAGCAGUAGUGACAAGAAAACUUUGAAGAGGUGGUUUUUCAUAGACAAAAGGGUUGGGUGAAGAAUAUUCAACAUUUGGUGUAUACCCACUACCCAAUUCUGGCCAAGCAGUAGUUGUAUAUCAUACACAGUUUGUAUUCAUAACGGUGUACACAGAAUCUAGGUCGGAUGGAUUUGAAGACGACAAAUGCUUCUCCAGUUCUCACUGAUCCUGCACCGAUAAACAAGUCCAGACUUGGAAUUCAUUCUGGUCUGUUCCCUUAUUCGCAAUCUGGACCAUCAUUCUCCUCUGGAAUACUAACAACUCCAAGAAAGAAGCCAGGAAAGCUUGAUGAUGCUAGGUCCAAUGGUUGGCUUGACGCCAUGAAAUCUUCUUCACCUCCUAGCAAGAAGAUGCUUAAAGAUUUCAAUGUCGAGAUGGCUUCAGAUGAUGAUAUUGCAUACUACUCCUGGAUGCUGAAGUAUCCAUCAGCCAUCAAGUCGUCCUUUGAGAAAAUCAUAAAUCAUGCAAGGAAUAAGAAGAUAGUGAUGUUUUUAGAUUAUGAUGGGACUCUUUCUCCAAUCGUAGAUGACCCUGAUCGUGCAUUCAUGUCUGAUGAGAUGCGUUCUACUGUUAGGAAUGUUUCAACGUAUUUCCCAACAGCAAUUAUUAGUGGAAGAAGCCGUGAUAAGGUUUAUGAGUUGGUCGGAUUAGCAGAACUCUACUAUGCUGGUAGUCAUGGUAUGGACAUCAUGUGCCCAGAUAGGGAGACAAUGUUUGCUGAUCCUUCGAAUAGGAUUAAAUCUACUGGCAAGCAUGGCAAGGAGUUAAACCUUUUCCAGCCUGCAAGAGAAUUUUUGCCCAUGAUUGAUGAGGUUUUUAGAACCCUUGUCGAGAAUACUAAAGAUAUCAAAGGCACAAAAGUUGAGAAUCACAAAUUUUGUGCCUCUGUACAUUAUCGUAACGUAGAUGAGAAGAGUUGGUCUACUAUUGCACAACGUGUUCACAAUAUUUUAAAAGAUUACCCUCGGUUGCGACUAACUCAUGGGCGUAAGGUUUUAGAGGUUCGUCCUGUAAUUAAUUGGAAUAAAGGAAAAGCGGUUGAAUUUCUGCUUGAUUCACUUGGACUAAGUAAUGGUGAGGAUGUGCUCCCGAUUUAUAUUGGAGAUGACAAGACAGAUGAAGAUGCAUUCAAGGUAUUACGGGAGGGGAACCGAGGCUAUGGAAUUCUUGUAUCUUCUGUCCCAAAAGAAACGAAGGCAUUUUUCUCUCUCAGAGAUACGUCAGAGGUGAAACAAUUCCUCAAGUCUCUGGUGAGAUGGAAGGAACAAAAUGCACUAUCCAUGAAGAAGAGGAGCACCAAGUGACAGCCGUGCAACAUUGCCAAGGACCCUUGGAUCCCAAAUCUUUGUAUCUCUAUCUUAAAUUCGUCACAAUUGUUGGAGUAUGGAAUUUCAAGACAUGAUUCAACAAUUGUAAAUAUAUUAAAACUGGAGAACAAAGAGAAGAUUUAGGAACCAAGUAUGGGGUGCAGUAUAGUACAGAUUACUUAUUUUUUUGGUCUUAUAUUUUAUAAUGAAUCAAGGAAGGUAGGAGCUGCUACAUGUAUUUGCAGUCCAAGUGGAUUUUCAUUUUCUUCAAUUAUUACUUGUCUUCUUUCUU